AUGGCUGCUGCAACGGUUCAAUCCUUUGAUAUCCCAAAACAAUAUAAAGCUAUCGUAUACGAUAAGCCGGGAACUAUUUCCACAAAGAUCGAGCAACUAGAUACCCCUGAACCUGGACCUGGUGAUGUGCUUGUUCGACUCACCCAUAGUGGUGUUUGCCACAGUGAUAUGGGAGUCUGCGAGAAUAGCUGGCGUGGCCUUCCUUAUCCGACGCAAGCUGGACAAGUGGGCGGUCAUGAAGGGGUUGGAAUCGUCCAGAAAUUAGGCCCAGGUACGGAAAAUGGUCGCAUAAAGCUUGGUGAUCGUGUUGGAAUUAAGAAUCAAAAAAUCUCUGGCUAUUAUUACCCGGGAACUUUUCAACAAUACGCGCUCGCGCCAGCGAACUAUGUAACGCCAAUUCCAGAUGCUCUAGAUUCUAAGGACGCUGCUCCUAUACUAUGUGCUGGUGUCACGACAUAUUCAGCCUUGAGAAAGAGUGAUGCAAAAAGCGGACAAUGGGUUGUUAUCGCCGGUGCGGGUGGCGGUCUUGGUCACUUGGCUUGUCAAAUCGGAAGUCGUGGGAUGGCAAUGAGGAUCAUUGGAGUUGACCAUGGGAGCAAGGAAGAAUUAGUGAAAGAGUGCGGAGCAGAGGUCUUCAUUGAUGUCACCAAAUUUGACGACAAGGCGAUCGCUGAGGAGGUCAAAAGAGUCACAGGCGGACUUGGAGCGUCUGCGGUCAUUGUUGCCCAAGAAUGGAAGAUCAAGGGCUCGUCCGUAGGUAACCAACGUGAAGCACUGGAAGUACUUGAUAUGGCCGCCAGGGGUAUCAUCAAGACUCGUAUCCGAAUGGAGAAGAUGGAGAACUUGACGGAGGUAUUCAAGGAGAUGUCGGAGGGCAAGAUGCAAGGAAGAGUCGUACUUGAUUUGUCGUAG